CAGGUUCUGAUUUCUUUUAUUUUUGCUGUGUUUAGUCAACUUUUGUCUCAAUUAUUUGAAGUAUGGCCGAUAUGAAGUCAGUAAUUCUGCCUGAGAUUGUUCCUAUAGGAACAAAAAUAACUGAACAUAAACUUAUUGAUUCUAACUAUUUUAAUUGGAGUAAAUCUAUACGUCUUUAUUUGUGAAGCAUUGAUAUGGAUCACCAUUUGACUGAUGAUCCAUCGAAAGAUGAAUCUAAACAAACUUGGCUACGUGAAGAUGCUCGUUUAUUUUUACAAAUUAAGAACUCUAUUGACAGUGAAAUUGUGGGUCUGAUUAACUAUUGUGCAUUUGUAAAGGAUUUACUAGAGUACUUAGAGUUUGUUUACUCUAAGAAGGGGAAUAUUAAUCACAUGUAUGAUGUGUGUAAAGCUUUUUAUCGAGCUGAAAAACAAGACAAGUCUCUCACGAGCUAUUUCAUGAAUUUCAAGAAGACAUAUGAGGAGCUUAACAUGUUAUUACCAUUUAGCCGGAUGUGAAAGUUCAACAAGCCCAAAGGGAAAAGAUGUUGUCAUGAGUUUUCUAGAUGGGCUUCCCUCUGAAUUUGAGACUGCCAAAUCUCGGAUUCUUUCUAGUCCAGAGAUUACUUUUCUUCAAGAGGCCUUUUGUAGAGUACUUUGCACAAAAAAUUCCAACCUACUCAACCCAAUAGUGCUCUUAUUGGACGGAGUAACAUGGAUGGUAAAAGUAGUAGAGAAAAGGGAUCAAGUAAUGCAUCAAGCGAUGCUGUUAGUAAUAUUGACAUUGAGAAAUAGGAUUCAAGUGGAAUUCGGACGCAGGAUUCGAGUGGGAUUAUGUCACUGCUGUCAUAAGCCAAGUCAUCUGAAACAUGAUUGCAGGAGAUUAUUGAAUAAGAGGAAUUAGUCUACACAAAUUGCAUCUACUCGUUAUACAUCUGAGAAGUCUGUUCUUAUAUCUAUGGAUGAAUUUGCCAAAUUCCAGCAAUACCAAGAAUCAUUGAACUCUUCAUCUACUCCUAUCACUGCUAUCGCCGAGUCAGAUCUUAUGACAAAGAAGAUUAUUGGUAAGGGACAUGAAUCUGAAGGUCUUUACAUCCUUGAUAAUCAAGUGUCAAAGUCUAUAGCGUGCUCUGGAGUAGUAACCCCACUUGAAGAACAUUGUCGGUUGAGUCAUCCUUCUCUUCCUUUGUUAAAGAAAAUGUGUCCUCAGUUUCACAAUUUAUCUUCCUUAGAAUGUGAGUCUUGUCAGUAUGUGAAACAUCAUCGUCUUAAUUUUAGUUCUAGAAUCAAUAAACAUGCUAGUGUUCCUUUUGACUUAGUUUAUUCAGAUGUUUGGGGUCCUUGUCCAGUUGUGUCCAAAGCUGGAAUUAAAUACUUUGUUACUUUUGUUGAUAACUAUUCUCGUUUGACCUAGUUAUAUUUAAUGAAAAGUCGUUCUGAAUUAUUUACUCAUUUUUGUGUUUUUUAUGUUGAAGUCAAAACUCAAUUUAAUGCUUCUGUCCACAUACUAAGAAGUGAUAAUGCUAAAGAAUAUUUACCAGAAUCUUUUCAGUCUUACAUGACUAAACAAGGAAUUCUUCAUCAAACUUCGUGUGUGGAUACACCAUCACAAAAUGGGGUAGCAGAAAGAAAAAAUAGACACCUUCUUGAAACUGCAAGAGCCUAAUUAUUUCAAAUGAAUAUUGC